AUGCUGUGGCUGCCGUUGGCAGUCUUGUCCUGCUACCUCAUCGCCUCCAUUGUGUCGGCGCAGCAGCCCAACAUCAUCGUGGCCGUGAUCGACGACAUGGGUUACAAUGAGCGCAGCUCACGCGAUCCCCGUUAUCGUACACCGACGAUGGACGACCUGGCAUCACAGAGCGUGCGUCUGAACUACCUGUACACGCAGCCAUCUUGCACCAUGUCGCGCGCGGCGCUGCUCACCGGCAGAAUGCCGCACACCAUGGGCAUCGAAAACGUCUUCGAUAAAUUUGAUAACAGGUCGGUGCCUGUGGGUAUUAAGACGGUGGCAGGAUACCUUAAAGAUGAAGGCUACCAGACACAUGCGAUUGGCAAGUGGCAUCUGGGUACCGGCAUACCUCAGCGACAGGUGUUCCCACAUCAGUGA